CGCUUCGCGCUUCGCUGUUGCGAUUCCCAGCACAAUCACGCCUGUUGGACCAACGACCCCCAUUCUGCGCGCGGAAUUUGGAUCGGGGAGAAAAUGGCCAGCAUCGCAUCAGACGAUGAUGGCCAUUCUUCGGCAACAUCACCAUCAUCGUCAUCAACAACAAGCGACGAGCACGACACCUCUCCUGCUGAAGAUUUUGACCCCGUGCCAGGCACCGAUGCCAACGGGCGGCGGAGCAGCGUUGCAGAUGUAAUCGACCCGGUUGUCGCGGAAGAGGAGGAAAGCAGCAGCGACUAUGGGCUUGAUGUCAGGAAAUAUUCUGUAUUUGAAAACGAGUUCGACGUUGUCACUAUCCACGGUCUUCACGGCCACCGCGAGACAACUUGGCAAGCGCGGGAUGAAUCAAAAAGAGAUACAGUCCUUGGACUGGCGGGCUUCCAGUACGAGCAGAGCUUCCGUUUGAUGAACUAUGGUUACGAUGCUUUCAAGACGCUUUCGAAAGAGGGUAUCACUAAAGAGGCAUCAAAGUUGCUGCGUGCGGUUGCAGGGGCAAGGGAAGAAAAAGACAAGGUAUAUAUCUUUUCUGGGAGGGGGUAGAGUGAGGGACGCAGGCGCGCAUUUAUUGAUAAUCUUCUUGUAGGAUUCGUUCCGCCCGAUAGUCUUCGUUUGCCAUGAUAUCGGAGGCACGAUUGUCAAACAAGU